AUAAAAAGAUUUUAUAAUUAAUUGUAUGUUUACAUUUCAGUAAAAAAAUAAAAUAAAAGGAAGAUUGUUUUAACAGAAAAUCAUCAGUGUUCAUUGCACAGUAGUGUGAUCAACUGUGUUCUGUUCGCUAUUGAUUUUUGUUAUGUUUAUUUAUGUUUAAUUUCAAUUUAUUUUAAAUAAUCUAAUAAAAAAUGAAGUUGAUAUUCAUAGGCAUUUGCCUGUGUUUAGUAUUUGCUUCAAGAAAUGCAUUUUCUAAAAUGAUUUCACCAGCUGGAGGUUACAGUUCAUUAGAUAUCAACAGUGAUGUAGUUAGGACAAAAGCACUAUUUGCUCUUGAUUCUAUUACUCAGCAAACUAUGUCAAAACGUUCUUUAGGUUUGGUUAAAAUAGUAUCAGCUAAAUCCCAAAUUGUUGCAGGAGUAAAUUAUAAAAUUGGCUUACAAGUUUGUGAAAAAGAUUUAACUAAUACUGACCAAUUAGAUUACGAGGUUUGCCAUGCAUGUGAUGUAACAAUUUGGGAACAAUCUUGGUUAAAUCGUAUAAAUGUUACAAAAGUUGCUUGUUCUAAACCUAAAAAUUUGGCAUCUUUGUCAAAAGUUUCUAUAAAAAAAAGAGAUAUACAUGACAGUGAAAAUUCACCAUUUGGUGAAAGAUCAAGUCUAGACCCAUAUGAUAUGAAAGUUCAAGAAAUGGCAUCAUAUGCACUAACAAAUAUUGAUAAUCAAGUUGGAUCCGGUAAUUCACAUUUACUAUCUAAAAUUUUAUCAGCAACAAAACAAAUUGUAUCAGGAGUUAUGUAUAAUAUCAAAAUGGAAGUUUGUGAAAAUGGAUCUAUUUUGCCGAAAUGUAGGAUUUGUUCUGUCAAUGUAUGGGAACAACCUUGGUUAGAAAGAAAAACUACAACUAGAGUAAUUUGUAAUGAACCUUAUCAAACCACAAUAGAAAUAUCUAAAACAUUGUCUUACAAAAAUAAUCGUGUUGACGAUAGAUUAAAACUUAAAAGUGAUUUCGAAAAUUUUAUAAAAACACAUAAAAAAAUAUACACUUCUACUGACGAAAAACAAAAACGUUACCGUAUUUUUGCAGCAAAUAUGAAUAAAAUAAAAUUAUUACAAGAAAAUGAACAAGGAACAGCAAUUUAUGGAGCUACUCAAUUUGCAGAUUUAACUAGUGAAGAAUUCAGUCAGAAAUAUUUGGGUUUAAAUUUAUCAAAAAAAUCUAGCAAAGUUCUUCCUAUGGCUGAUAUUCCACAAUUAAAUUUACUUCCUGAUGAAUUUGAUUGGAGAAAUCGUAGUGCUGUUACUCCAGUGAAAAAUCAGGGAAACUGUGGAUCUUGUUGGGCAUUUUCAGCUGUUGCAAAUAUAGAAGGUCAAUAUGCAAUAAAAUCAGGAAAUCUUGUAUCUCUUUCUGUUCAAGAAUUAAUUGAUUGUGAUAAAGUUGAUGAAGGAUGCAAUGGUGGUUUAAUGACUCAAGCUUUUGAAGCUGUUGAAGAACUUGGUGGCUUAGAAACUGAAGCUGAUUAUCCAUAUGAAGGUCAUGCUGAUAGGAAAGGUUGUCAAUUAGUUAAAAGUCAAUUAAAAGUUAAAAUUGAUAGAGCUGUUAAUGUAUCUUCUAAUGAAGAAGAUAUUGCAAAAUUUUUAGUAGAACAUGGGCCUCUUUCAGUAGGUGUGAAUGCUAAUGCUAUGCAGUUUUACUUAAGAGGUGUCUCUCACCCAUAUCGUGUAUUAUGUGAUCCAAAAUCUUUGAAUCAUGGAGUUACAAUUGUUGGAUAUGGAGUGCACAGCAAUCCUAAUUUAAAUGAUACUGUAUUACCAUAUUGGACCAUAAAAAAUAGUUGGGGCCAUGAAUGGGGAGAACAGGGUUAUUAUUUGCUCUAUAGAGGUGACGGGUCUUGUGGUGUUAAUACCAUGGUUUCAUCUGCUAUUAUUGAAUAAAGGAAAGAAACCAUCUAGGAAAAUUUAGUUUUAAAUCUAUAUAAAAUAUUACCAUUAAAUGUCAUCAACAUUUUUUAUUGUUCAUUUAAAAUACCUUGUUUAUGAAACAUUUUAUCAAUGUUGCUGCUACUUAACCCUUAAAAGCCGAUACACUAUUUUAUGAAGUAUCAGAUAAUGAAAAUUUGAUAGCACCAACUUUAUCUUAAAAUAAACUCUUGUCGAGUAACCAUUAGGGUGCAUUAGUCUUUUAAGGGUUAAUGAAAUGUUUUUUUAAAUUAAUAUGGAAUAAAUUAGAAUAAUAUGAUUUUAAUAAGUAGUUUAGUUAUGUAUUAUUGCAAAAUAAUUUUUAUACUUAAUUUAUUAGAGUAUGUUUUUGAUUGAAAAUAAACUUUCAUCAACAUUGUUUUCUAAGUAUAAA